AGCAGCAGCACCUCUCUCAGUCAAGCAGCGGGACUCCAGGCUCUCACUUCCCCAGCUGCUGACGUCAGCUGGCAGCCUGGGCUGAGCUCGCCGCUCCGGACAUAGCGCCGAGGAAAAUGCUGCUCUCCGUACCGCAAAGGGCAGGGAUCAACCCGUACAUCGGCUACAACAGCAGAAACAGCAAAAAGCAGGCCUAUGUGUCCUCCGGCCACCAGAUGGCGCCCCCCAGUCCCAACACCAUCAGUACUAGCAACAGCAGCGGUGGAGGUGGGGAACAACUGAGUAAAACGAAUCUGUACAUCCGCGGCCUCCAUCCAGGAACCACAGAUCAAGACCUGGUGAAGCUCUGCCAACCGUACGGCAAAAUCGUGUCCACCAAGGCCAUCUUGGACAAAACCACCAACAAAUGUAAAGGGUAUGGCUUUGUGGACUUUGACAGUCCAGCAGCUGCUCAGAAAGCUGUGACAGCUCUAAAAUCCAGCGGGGUCCAGGCUCAGAUGGCCAAACAACAGGAGCAGGACCCCACCAACCUCUACAUCUCCAACCUGCCCAUGUCCAUGGACGAGCAGGAGCUGGAGAACAUGCUCAAGUCCUUCGGACAGGUCAUCUCCACCCGCAUCCUCCGAGAUGCCAACGGGACCAGCCGGGGUGUCGGAUUCGCCAGAAUGGAGUCCACGGAGAAGUGCGAAGCCAUAAUUCAGCAUUUCAACGGCAAAUUCAUCAAGACUCCAGUAGGAGUGCCUGCACCCACAGAGCCCUUAUUAUGCAAGUUUGCAGACGGUGGACAGAAGAAGAGGCAGAGCCAGGGGAAGUACCUCCAGAACGGAAGGUCCUGGGCUCGGGACGGAGACACGGGAGGAAUGACGCUUGCGUAUGACCCUACAGCCUUACAAAAUGGCUUCUACUCCUCACAUUACAGCCUGGCUCCAAACCGAAUGAUCACUCAGCCUUCCCUCUCGCCCUACAUGCAUUCUCCUGUCUCUUCCUACCAGGUACACAGCCCGUCCUGGAUGCACCACCAGUCAUACCUCAUGCAGCCAGCUGGUACAGUUCUAACUCCAACAAUGGAUCACGCCAUGUCCAUCCAGCCCACGUCCAUGAUGGGAACCUCGCCACAGCAAUUAAGCCACCUAUCUUUGGGCAGCACAGGCACAUAUAUUCCGGCCAACGCUACUAUGCAGGGGACCUACAUCCCCCAGUACACCCCAGUGCCUCCCUCCAGUGUCCCAGUAGAGGAAAAUGGUGGUCAGCACCAGCAGGUUGCCAUGGAGACGCCUGCAGAACACACAAAUUACUCGUACCAACACACCAAGUGAUGCUACGCUCCCACUACUUUAGGACCGUGGACGCAAAAUCAAUCCAACCAAAACAGGAUUAAGCUGGAAGAGAAUCUGUAACAUAACCAAUCAGCUGGACUCAAACACGGAUAGCAAAAGGAACACGUUAGUGUGUGUGUGUGUGUGUGUGUGUGUGUGUGUGUGUGUGUGUGUGUGUGUGUGUGUGUGUGUGUGUGUGUGUGUGUGUGUGUGUGUGUGUGUGUGUGUGUGUGUGUGUGUGUGUGUGUGUGUGCACGUCUGAAUUAUGUUUUCUUUUCUGUUUUUUUUUUAAGAACACUUAACUGGGACUUUUGCGCUCAUCCUCAAGAAAUGUUCAACCAAAGUUGGGAAUCUUCAGAGAAGUUUUGAUCUAUUUUGAUAACUAAAAAAAAGAAAAAUUCUAAAAGUUGUAAAUAAAUUUUAAAACUAGAAGUGGGAGUGGAGGAAACGACACAGAGCAUUAUUUUUGUGCACGUGUUAAAACAGAAUCUUAUUUUUAACAGAACAUUCUAGGUGUGUCGGAGUGAUCCGGGGAACGGUUGAAACAUAACGUGUCUUUCUCAUUUUCUUUACUUUUUGUAAAAAAUGCUAACUUUUUGUUUCCUGGUGUCUGUUGUUUGACGUUCUACUCACAGCAGUCAGGAUUUGUACAGAUUUCAAACCUUUUGAACUUUUUUUGCUGGUCUGACGUGUGGAGUCGUUCUACCUGUGGGAGGUAAACCGUUUAAAGCUACUUCUUCUUGUAAACUGCAGCCGACCAUAAAAAAUAACAGAGACUCUUUAUAGUUUAGUCAAAGUUUUUAUUUUUUUGUUCAAUUGAGAUUUUUUUUCAUAAUAAAACAAAAGACAAUCAAUUAUUUAUAUUUAUAUUUGAAUUAUAGUUCUAUUUUUUGGAGUUUUUAAUCAUUUAAAUUAAAAAGAGAAGUUAUUUAAUAAUAGUCUGUGAAGAUGAUCUGAAAUGGUGAAGAUCUUUACCCCACAUUACAAUGAGCUCAAAAACAGCUAAAUGACUUGAUAUUAAAAAGUCACGUUCUGUGAAUUACACACACACACACACACACACAUACACGCACGCGCACACACACACACAUCCUCCCCGUCUAUGAGAAGUGGUUUUAAGCGUUUGUUUGUUUUUUGUCAUCAGGUAUCAUUUAUAAUCCAUCCUUAUUUCUGAGGGAUGUUGUCAACGCGCUUUAGAAAGGAGCAGUUAGAUUUUACUGAGUGUAAUGAGCGAUGCGGUGACUAAAUUAAAAGUGUAGUUUAGCGAAUGCGAUGAGGGAAUUAGCCGGAAGACUAAGGAAAUCCCGGAGAAUAGUUAGCGUGAUAGGAAAAGGGAGCGAUGAGUCUUGUUUCAAUGCUGCUGUCCUCUGAGUUUGAAUCAGCCAGUGAGGUUGUUUUUGUUGUUUAGUUUAUAGAAAUGUUUCUUUUCACUUGAAAAAUCUCUUGAGCUAAUUUCUCUUUAUUUUUGAUGAAUUAUUCUUAGAUUAGAUCUUAGUUUAGAGUUUUACAGAGAAUAGAUGUUAGUUUGGAUCUCUCUGAUAGGAUUGAUGCUGGUUUUUUAUUUUUAUUUUUUUGUGCACUUGACAUUUUUUCCCUUGUUUGAUUUUCACGUGAAUUUCCGUUCCAACCCUUGAGUCGUCUGUCUGACUGUCUGUCUGUCCUGAUUUCACGUCUGACCCAGAGAAGAGAACUGAACUGAAUUCACGUUGAUCUAAAAGAUUCACGCCACUGUGAAUGAAACAAUCUGAUCACCCAGAACUGUUGAUUUGUAAUUUACAGACAACAAGAAACUGUAGAUAUGUUGAUAAUAAAAAUAGUUGUUUUCCUUUUUUUUUAAAAAAAAGAACUGCUCACUAGACCGUGGAAGUGCCAUUAAAGAGGAUUCUUACUGCCUUAGUGAAAGGGCCGGUCUGAAUGAAUUUGUGAGGGAACAAAAUUCUUGCAAAAAACGAUUUUUAACUAAGCCUUAAUGUUUCUUCUCUAAAUAAACUGCCUGAUUUCUCACAUUUGUAUAUAAUAUGGAAAUGACAGCAGGCGUGUUUGGGUCUCUUCGAGAUGUUUGUGGAGUUCCUCUUCCUGCUCUGCAGCCGUUAUGUUCCCCUGAAGGAUUGAUGAUGCUGUUUUUAUUUAGCUUGCGUCUUUGCUUUGUGUUUAUGGGUUUUUAAUUCUGCAACCAAAGAUGCCACCCAACUCUUGUAGCUUUUAGAUCAACUUCUGUUGGAUAAAAUUCUUUUUUGAGGUUCUGGCUAGUGUAAUUACACACUCGGCUUUCUUCUUUAUGGCUACGGGUAAAUGUUUGGGAAAUUUUACCCCAACUGACCCACUAAUAACCCUCAGUUCCUUUAAUGCAUUAGAUAAAAAUAGGUUUCAUCAAUGAACAUAAGUGAGAGAACUUGAAUGGGCUGAACAUACAUCCAGGAGGAACACCAGCUUUCGUUGUAAUGGUUGUCAAACAUGACGGUUAACAGACACAAGAGCUACUUUUGUAAAUUCUCUUUCUUUUCCUUCCAUUUUAACCAUUCUGUUUGAUUCUUGAUGUGUAUUUUUUGUUAUGAUUUAUGAUCUGUCCUGAUUACAGAUGACUAUCAAGCUUUCAGAUUCAGUGCACCAUGAAGGAAAUGUCCAGAUAGAUGUGGUUCAAUGUGCUAACCACCUUUUUUAUUUUUUAACAAACACAGGAUUUACAAUAUUUUUGAAACUAUGAAAUGACCCCAAGUUACAAAACAGUGUUUAUUUAUUUUGUAAAGCAGAAGUGAUGUUACAAGAAAAUAUGAUGUUUGUAAAUUACUGGCCUUCUAAUUGCAGUAAAAAUAAAAGUGUACUCAGACUGAUAGUGUAUUUUGUAUAUAGUACAGCAGAUUUUAAAAUUUAAAAUAACUUCUUGCACUUACUGUUAUUCCAAGCUUAUUUUUUAUAAGCUCUUUUUGUCCAUCCUGACAUCAAUUUGAUGGCUUAUUUCAUAGUUUCAAAUUGUUUUGCUGCUAAAAUACGGUUCUGAGCAGGUGGCUCUAUGUGGUCCGAUCUGAAUUUUCACAAUGUUUGUUUAAUUCGGUAAAAAAGUUGUAUAUUUAAUGUAACACACCAUUAUUUAUCUAGUUUAGAGUCCAGUGUGUAGGAUGUGCAGAUUAGUGCAAAAGGGUCAGAAAGAAAGCACAAAAGCUGUUUUUGUCCCUUUUGAGCUUCUGUAGUAACAACAUUUUAAAAAGUUCACCUUUUACUCUAAUGAAAAGUUUUUUCAUGCUUGUUAACUCAAAUUCCUGCCAACAUGAUACAAACUGAACCUUAAACUUUAGUUUAAUUCACAUUUUCCUGAAAUCUCCACGCUUUAAAACAAAAACAAACAUUUUUGUGUUUUUUAAGCAUUCUGAAAAUUUGCCGGACUCCAUCAGACGCCCCUGCUUGUGAACACUCUUAUUUAUACAAGAACUCAAUUUGUACAGUUUUGUUAGAGGAUAAAGGUUUUGAUAUUCGGGUUUUUUUUUGGUUUGUUUUUUGUUUGUUUUUUUGCCACUUGGCUACUUUUGUCUUCCUGUGCCAGAGUUGCUAAAUUGUCUGUAACUUGUUUUUUUUUUUUUAUUGAAUGAAAUGAGAUUUGACUUCUUUGUUGGUUUUCUCUUUGAAUUUGAAUAUGUCUGAUUUUCUUUUUUAAUAAAAACCUUGUUUUAA